AUGCCUCUCAAGUUCUCCCUUAGGAAAACGAAGGUGGUGCCGAAGAAGAAAGCAACUUCCGACGACCUCGCUUGGAUACAGGUCAAGAAUGGCGCAGAAGCGGCCAUUCGAUGGCUUUCAAGGGCUACAAACCUUGGGAGGUCCGAGGUUGACGAGAUGAAGACCGAACUUAACGACAUCACGACGAGAGCUAGGAGGGACAAUAACCUCCCAACGAAGGACUUGACCUCGCAAGAGGUUGAGUCAAUUUUUAGGCUCACCCAGGUGACCCAGAAGAACCUAAAGGCGGGAGAUUCCUGGGACAUACCCCCGUUCGAUACCGCAGCUCUAAACAACCAGGACGUAUUUCCUGAAUUUAUGCGCUACCUCUCGCGAGCAAUGCGCUACCAGCACAAUUGCCAAGCUGGGUCCCGAGAGACCGAGGCAUGGGUACGCGCUUGGCUUAGCCCUCUGUUCAGCGCUGUUCUUGGCUUCGCCAUAGAAGUCGGUAUUGCGGUGGCACAUCCGGUGAGAUGGAGCUACGAGGCCUCAUUCUCGCAUAUUACCCGACUCGGCCGAAUGAAGCUCAAGCACAGGCUGAAUGGCCGCCCCGACUAUACGCUAUGGUAUGGGGAGCAUGAGGAUCUGGAGACCAACCUGGUGAUUGUAGAGACGAAGACCUCGGACGAAAUUGGCAAAGGGCAGAAACAAGUCCUUGCCUAUAUGGGUGUCGUGCACUCCGGACGAAAGGAGCGCGGAAAAAAAGACACCACUGUAUACGGGAUUGUGACCGACAGCAGACAGUUCCACUUUUACAAGAUCAGUAAGAACAGCAAGUGGUCCGUGAGGACCUUCCACUGGGGUCUGGAAGACAGCCAGGACGAGGAGAUCGUUCGCAUCCUCCUCCAAAUUAUCCACUCGGCGUCUACGCAGUCACCAAUGACCACUGGACGCACAAGCAAGGCGAGCACUCGUCGGAGGGCCGUCAAACGUCCCCGAUACAGUAGCUCUGCCUCUUAG